UGUACAGUCAUACAUACAUGUUUGUACGGAAACUUGAUUUUUGAUAAGCCAUAAACGAUUACGUUACCAUUGGUACGCACGAGUAUGUUAUCUAGACCAUCCUGCAAAUUAGUCUCAAAGCUCAUUUUAUAUCGCUUUCGCUUGCAAUUGAAGACAGUGUGUAUUGUAAACUAGCUAGCCUAGUCAUAUUCGAAUACUUCACGUUCGGUGUUUUUCGUUAUUUUUUACGGUUUGUUUACAAUUUGAGAGUGUUUUUUUUCUUGUGAAUUUGCGAUCAAUGUACCUACGAUGUCAAUUUUAAAGCAGUUAAGUAAUGAGGAUGAUUUCAUAAUUUAAAGUUACGUUCCGUUACCCUGAUUCGAUUCUUUCAACAUGGCCGGCCACAUCGAAAACCCGUUCAGUUUCAUCAAUACCCCGUCAUCGCUCCAGCUGCUAGCAGCGUCCGAAAUAGCCUUAUCGUUAUGGCAAUACAAAUAUUCAAAUUCUACUUAUAACUAUCUCAGCUGGUUCGUAAUUGGUAAUUUCCGCUGCGAAGAAAUGCUCGUGGUUCCGCCUCGUUUCAAAGUCGAAAUAGACGAAAGAAUCCUCGCGAUUAGGGUACAGCUGAGAAAUUGGAUCGAUUUUCACAAGGAGCAGGCUUUUUUCGACGGUUCUUUUAAACGUGCGGUUUCGAAGAGUUUAAAGCUUAUGGUGAUCGAUUCCUGUGGCGGUAUUUGUUUCAAGGCGACGGCGAUAAACAUCCUGAAUUCGAACCAGUUCAACGUAGUUGAAAAAUACAAAGUAGCCGUCGAGUUUUGUUUCAAAGAACACGUCAAAAAAAUAUGGCCUUCUGUGGAGAAAGAUGCGCGAGUAGGUAAAAAUCUCAACAUCGAUAAACACAGCUUGAUGUUUUACUGGAAUCGCAGAAUGAAAUCGAGAAAACCCUGCACUCUCAAGGAUACCCUAUGCGUUAAAACGCGAUUGGAGAACGCCCGGAAGGCCAGUAAUUGGCCAGCAUUCGAGUACUUUUGGAGCAUGCAAUCGAAAGGCCAAGUAAAAUUGUCCCAAUCCAUUUUAUAUGUAAAACUAGCCGACGAUGGAGCAAUCAAGCGGACACUACCAUCAUUGAAACGUACCGUGGCUACGAAAGUGUUCGAAGACGUGGCCCCUCAAAUUUUACAUUUUUUGGUCCGCAACGAGAAAUACUUCCAGCACGUGCAUCGAUUUUGGACUGUUGUCGAACAUACCGUCUACGAAAAGGAAUCCAGCUUGUUCCAGCAGGUUUUACACGAGCUGUGGGAAAUGGUAUUCAAUCCUAUCGAUAUCAGCCUCGGCCUGAAUAAUACACGAUGUCAACAAAUCAACGAGUUUUUGAUUGAAGUCUGGUCCAGAGCUACGGAUAACUUGAAAAACGAUGUUUAUUCGAAUCACGUGAGCGAUUUUUUCCACCAAUUGUCGACUUCUUCGGCCGCAUUUCCGAGUUGUUACGGUCAUAAUAUGGAUUUCAUGUUGGAUCUGCUCGGGCGUAACUCGAAUAAAGAACAGAUUUGGCAUGAGAAUUGGCGUAAAUUGGUCCUACGCGCCAAUCCUGUGUAUUUGGAGCGAUUCCUCGCGGUAUGUUUACCGGACGACGACGUUGAAAAAUCCAAGAAGGAAUUGUUGGAAUAUGAACGUAUCUUCGAGUUAUUAAUCGAGCAUGGGAUGUAUUCGGAGAUGAAAAACUAUUUGAAUUUUUGCUUGAAAGAUAAAAGUCAGUUUCAGGAGCAGGCCAAACGAUUGAUCAUAUCGAACUUUGACCUGAUCAUGUUCCACGACGACGGAAAAUUCGCCAAAUUUGACGAAUUCGUCGGCGAAAUGUUUUCAAAUGUGUCAACAGAUAUCGAAGCGUUCAAAUUCGCGUUGAUUACGUCCUUCAAGAGUCUAAAGCUUUUGAAAGACUCAUUCGAUAAAGAUCAUAUAGAUACCGAUGAUUUGGAUUUCGGGGAUAUCGAGACAAUAAUUGGCCGAUUUGUUAGUUCCGAGCAGAAUGCAGCUUUUAAACAGCAUUAUUUCAACGUGGAUAAAUUAUUUGAAAAGUGUCUGCUUAAUAUGAUGCACUUUCCUCGGUCAUUCGGAAAUUUUCGAUUCUUCGUUGAGUUUUUCGAGUGGUAUUUUCCGACCGAAGAGGAUCGAACGGAUUUCAAACUGCAGACGAUAGCUAAUCGCGAGCCAAUAAAACGUGUUUGUGCUGCACUCCGCCUCCGUCAUCACUUUUUAUCAAACGUGACGGAGCAUGAUUUGCUAAUGUUCCUUUUCGACAACAACGUGGAAAAAGUGUACAAAUUUCAAAAAAAAUUGAUGUGCGAGUCGGCUGAGGAGACAAAGCACGUGACACUUCAAUUCUGCUCUUCGAGCGACCGCGAUGACGAUUACGAUGAACACCUGAUAAGCCGCCCGCCGCUCGACCCGCGUUGGUGGCAUUUACCUUAACAACCUUCCCUAUUGAUAUCGAUAAAAGUGAACUAUAUAUUUUAACAUUCAAUGUAGGUCCCAUUCGUUUUUUAAAACUUCCCAGUUAUUUUAAAUAUUUUUAAUAUGCUGCCUACUUAUGGUAGUCGUUCUAUUUUUGUAACUAAAAUUAAUGUAGACCCUAGAUCUUCUAUUUAUUAUUAAGUUUUCUCUCAUUGUUCUUAAUCUUAGUACAUGUUAUGAUCUCAUUUUAGGCCUAUGUAAUUUUGCAAUUUUUAACAUUCUUAAUUGAGUUGGUUUUUUUUUCGUAAUUAAUUAAAUAAUCUACGUUUGGA